AUGGGAAUCAAGAACAACGUGACUGAAUUUGUGUUGUUCGGCCUUUUCCAGAGUAGGGAAAUGCAGCACGUGUACUUUGUGGUCUUCUCCCUCUUCCACGUGCUCACUGUCCUGGGGAACAUUCUCGUCAUCAUCACCAUCAAUACCAGGAAGACCCUCAAUGCUCCCAUGUAUAUCUUCCUCAGCCACCUGUCUUUUGCCGACAUGUGUUAUCCAUCUGCUACCACACCCAAGAUGAUUGCUGACACUUUUGUGGUGCGCAAGACCAUCUCCUUCAGUGGCUGCAUGACCCAACUCUUUUCUGCUCACUUCUUUGGUGGCACUGAGAUCUUCCUCCUCACAGCUAUGGCCUAUGACCACUAUGUGGCAAUCUGUAGGCCUCUGCACUACAUGACCAUCAUGGAUUGGUGGAAAUGUGGCCUGCUGGCUGGGGCCUCCUGGGGAAGCUUUGGGAAUUCCAUCUUACAGACCCUUCUCACAGUCCAGCUGCCCUUUUGUGGGCCCAAUGAGAUCGACAACUUCUUCUGUGAUGUUCAUCCCUUGCUGAAGCUGGCCUGUGCAGACACUUACAUGGUGGGGCUUAUUGUGGUGGCCAACAGUGGCAUGAUCUCCUUGGUGUCCUUUAUCAUCCUUAUUAUCUCCUAUGUGGUCAUCUUAUUGAACCUGAGAAGCCGGUCAUCUGAGGGCCCCAAGGCUCUGUCCACAUGUGGCUCACACAUCAUCACUGUCCUUUUGGUCCUUGUGCCCCCCAUGUUCAUGUACAUUCAUCCCUCCACUACCCUGGCUGCUGACAAGCUUGUCAUCCUCUUUAACAUUGUCAUGCCACCUUUGCUGAACCCUCUGAUCUACACGUUGAGGAACAACAAAGUGAAAAAUGCCAUGAGGAAGCUGUUUAGAGUAGAGGGGAGCAUGGGGGAGAAGUGA